ACCCAACCAGCUGCAACUUCCUCUAUGAAGAGAGUAAGGCAAUACUUGGUUUCAAAAUGGCCUCCCUUGCUGCAGCAAAUGCAGAAUUUGGCUUCGACUUAUUCAGAGAGAUGGAUAGUAGCCAAGGAAAUGGAAAUGUAUUCUUCUCUUCCCUGAGCAUCUUCACUGCACUGACCCUAAUCCGUCUGGGUGCUCGAGGUGACUGUGCACGUCAGAUUGACAAGGCACUGCACUUUAACACCCCAUCAAGACAAGGAAACUCAUCGAAUAAUCAGUCAGGUCUUCAGAAUCAAUUGAAAAGAGUUCUUGCUGACAUAAACUCAUCUCAUAAGGAUUAUGAACUCAGCAUUGCCACUGGAAUUUUUGCAGAAAAAGUGUAUGACUUUCAUAAGAACUACAUUGAGUGUGCUGAAAACUUAUACAAUGCUAAAGUGGAAAGAGUUGACUUCACAAAUGAUGUACAAGAGACCAGAUUUAAAAUUAAUAAAUGGAUUGAAAAUGAGACACAUGGAAAAAUCAAGAAGGUGUUGGGCGACAGCAGCCUCAGCUCGUCGGCUGUCAUGGUGCUGGUGAACGCUGUUUACUUCAAAGGCAAAUGGAAAUCGGCCUUCACCAAGAGUGAUACCCUCAGUUGCCAUUUUAGGUCUCCCACGUGUCCUGGAAAAGCAGUUAAUAUGAUGCAUCAAGAACGGCGGUUCAAUUUGUCUACCGUUCAGCAGCCACCAAUGAAGGUUCUUGAGCUCCAAUAUCAUGGUGGCAUAAGCAUGUACAUUAUGCUGCCUGAGGAUGACCUAUGUGAAAUUGAAAGCAAGCUGAGUUUCCAGAAUCUAAUGGACUGGACCAAUAGGAGGAAAAUGAAAUCUCAGUAUGUGAACGUGUUUCUCCCCCAGUUCAAGAUAGAGAAGAAUUAUGAAAUGACGCACCACUUGAAAUCCCUAGGCUUGCAAGAUAUCUUUGAUGAGUCCAGUGCAGAUCUCUCUGGAAUUGCCUCUGGAGGUCGUCUCUACGUAUCAAAGCUAAUGCACAAGUCAUUCAUAGAGGUCUCAGAGGAGGGCACUGAAGCCACUGCUGCCACAGAAAAUAACAUUGUUGAAAAGCAGCUUCCUGAGUCCACGGUGUUCAGAGCCGACCGCCCAUUUCUGUUUGUCAUCAAGAAGAAUGACAUCAUCUUAUUUACUGGCAAAGUCUCUUGUCCUUGAAAUUCCAUUUGGUUUCCUAUACAGUAACAGGCAUCAAGAAGCAUCAUAAGUGAAUAGAAUUGUAAUUGGAAAUACAUGGGUUUGCUUUGAUUUGUUUCAGUGCAUUGAUGGUCAGCAAAUGAUACUGGUGACUUAACCCUUUUUGAUACCUGGUUGAUAGUCUAAAUGCCUGCUCUCAUCAUUUCUACUCCCAUUUACUUCCCUUUGUCUAAUACUAUUGACCCAUCUGGGGUUUGAUCCACUCACAAAGAAAAUGCAGGGGCUGCCUGUAGAAACUCUUACAUUUAAAUUCCUGAGUUUUCAGAGACAUUCCUGAUUCAUGAUACAACAAUCUAAAAAGUAAGCCCAUUUGUUGCUCAGAAAUCAGAAUGAAAGCUAACUCAUUCUUGAGAAACAAGAUGAUGCUAGUAUUUCCUUCAGUAUGCUUGAUGUCACAAUCACUGUAAAAAUCAGGGGCUCAAAAAUACAGAAUUAAGAUUGGUAAGCAACCAAAGAAUUUCAUUAAUAACUUCAAAUUUACAGCCUUUGGCAUUCCUGGGUAAGACCAAAUAUGUACAUAAUUUUCAAAUAUUAAGUAUUUUUUAAAUGUUGGCAAUUGAUAUUUACAGAAUAUUAUUUCGUAUUCUUUUGAGAUCAUGAGUAUUUUCUCAUGUUUCUCAUAAUAAAUAUGUAUAACACCUGCA